AUGGCCAAGAAACCAACAAGAUUAACCAAGAAAAGGAAGCGUUCGAGCUGUGCACCGAAGCAGAAUGAGCAAGAAAUUGCUGAUACCAACGUUUACGAAGUUGAAAGCAUCUGCGGACAAAGCAUUCAAGGCAACACAAUUCAGUAUGAAGUAAAAUGGAAAGGGUAUUCUGAUGAUGAAAACACAUCGGAACCAGAGUUCAGAUUGAAUUGUGACGAUAAAAUUGUUAGCUACGUUACGGACCUAAUCGAUUGUACCAAUUACAUCGAGAAGAUUCCCAAAUCAAUUGAAGCUCUCGAUAAGUUGAAAGCAAAUAAAAAAGCUAUUUUGGCUCAAACGACGGUGCAUGGUGGAGUUGUAAAAUUUGCGAGUGUCGACACAAUCUCAAAUAUUCUGAAAUAUUCAAGAUACAUUAUCUCAUCCGAUCAGUUAUACGCUAUGUACGCAGCAUACGUUCCGAAUGAUGAAAAAAACGAAAAUGUUGGGAACGUCAGAAAAGAUAUGGAGCAAUGGCAGAUGGAACUUGACCGAUUGCAAAUCCAUUUUGCUGACUAUCCAAAACUGAAAAUCAAAGUUCCUGAUACGAUUCGUUCAGUUUUCUAUCUACCACCGCCUUUGUCACAUUUGCUGUUUGAACCAGUGACUGAGGAAACGUUCGAAAAACGUAAAGUGCGCAUGUAUCAUUUUCCUCCUAAAGCCAAUCAACUCAGUUUCCACGGAAUUCAAAUGUUCAUCAAGCCAUCAAACUUAGAUGCUUUGGAACAAAAUAAGUUUGAGCGUGCGAAAGAGACAGAUAGAUUGGAUUUCCGUAAAAGCCCUCGGUUUAGAGUUCCAAUGAAGCUUAGCCAACAUUAUGCUCGUGGAUACAUUCUCACGUUGGGUGAAGAUGUUGAACAAAACACACCUUUGAUGCUAAUGGCAGGAGUAAUUCGUCCACAAGCAGUUGCUGAUCAGUGUCUGAAAAAUGAUGGGGAACGAGUAGCAUUUAGCUCGUUCAUUGAAAUCCCAAACAGUAACAUGUGUCUUGAUCGUCGCGAGUUUCACGAUUUUUCCAAGUAUAUUCCUCACAGUUGUGAACCUACUUGUGGUGUGCGUCUGGUCAACUCUGGGGCCGAGUUCCCUGAUCUUGUGGUCUAUUCGCUGCACGCGAUUGAUGCUUCCUACUCUCAUGCGAUCACAUUGGAUUAUUACAAAAUGUUCCAAAAAGACGUCAAACAAUAUUUCAACAAAAAUAAGCCGUCUUCUGGCAAGAUUUUCUCUCUCUACGAUCAGGGUAUAGACUUCUUGCACUGCCAAUGCUUCAUGGAGAAAUGUCCAGAAGUUUUAUACAUCGCGAGAUCAAAAGAAGAAUGCGCGCCUCCAUUGAAGAAAAAAGCAAAAACAGCAAAGAUGACUAUGAAAGCAGAAGAUAUUCUCCAUGUUCUACGAGAUGGCAUAGCCAUACUUCAUGGAGGACGAUGUCGAGCUGGUCAAGCAGUCGUUGUAUGUCCUCCUAGAGAACAAGUUGUCAAUCAGGACCAUCUACGCAAUGUUCUCCUUUAUUUAUUCGAAAUCACCGCAAAAGACGCCCGCGAGAAGGGAUUCCUUGUGGUAAUUGAUAUGCGUGGAAAACAGACAUGGACCAAUGUUCGAAAUAUACUUAAAGCACUAACCAAUGUAGACAACUCAUCAAAAAUACAAGUAUUCAUCAUUAAACCAGAAAAGUUUUGGGAGAAACAGAAAGCUCAAAUGUCGUUAGGAACAUGGGAUUUCGAAGUCGAAAUGAUUUCAUUCGAAUCUCUCAUCAAAAUUAUUGAUGCUUCACAACUGCCGAAAUCUAUUGCCGGAGGUUCUUAUCCAUAUGAUCAUGAUGAAUGGCUUGAAAUAAGAAUUGAUCUUGAAAAGUGGAUAUGGAAUGUAACUGAAAUCAUGGAAACCUUGGAAUCAGUUAGAAGGGAUAUUUGUCAAGGAGAGAACCCUAUCGAUGUAGAAACUGCUGAAAUAGCUUUGAAAAAGAGUCAAUUGGCGAAGAAAAACAUCUUCAAUAUUCCUGUAGAUAGCAUUGAAGCAGAAGGAAACAAAAUUGUGAAUCGAAUACUACAACCAUCGAAAGGGGUGAAAAAUCCAGAUCUUCAAGCCACAACUCCUUAUGUUUCAAAUUUGACUGACUCUCUCAGAUUACUAAAAGGUGACGUUCACAAAAAUUGGGAUUCUCGUCAAGCAGAACUAGUGAAAGUUUAUCACCAAAAACUAUUUGAGCGUGAUGUAGAAAUUAUGAUUGAAUCUCUGGCACCAUACAAGAGAAAGUGUGAACGCAGUAUGGGAGAUGUUGGGGGAUGUGUCAGCGAUGUCAAUUCACUUGCAGAAGAUUUUGAAAAAUUCCAAUUAGCUGUCAAGGGAAUGGAAGUUUCUGUAAAACGAGUAUUCGACCAAGGAAACCAUUUGAGAACUACAGGAGCUCGAAAUCAAAUUACUGACCAUGUCACGGAACAGUUAACAAUUGAAUGGCGUGUUGUUAAGGAACUCAUGGAUCGCAGAAGUACAAUUCUACACAACGCUAGAGAGUUUUUCAAAUCAGCCCAAUGUUAUUUUGCUGAAAUUCCUUCGUGGACAGCACAACCAGGCGUUAACCCAAAUGAUGUGAUGUUCAGUCAAGAAUCUUUAGAGAUUGCAAUCAGGACGCAUGAUUCUUUUUGGGCACAAGUCGAGGAAAUUUAUGCGCAAGCAUACGACGAUGCACUGAAUUUAAUGAAGUCAUUGAAAGAAUCUGACACCGAAGAUAACGUUGCUAAAGAGCAUUCUGGUCGACUACAGAGAGCUCACAAACAGUUAGGAGAAAAGUGGAAAGAAAGACAGGUACUCCUCCAUCAUAUGCUCGCAAUGAUCGCAUUUGAAACUGAUGUCAAAUUAGUAGUCGACUGGCUUCAACUUCAUGGAGAACCCUAUCUACGACGUAAUAUUCAUAUAGGAGAGAAUAUGAAUCAGGCGAGAACAUUCCAACGUAAUCACACAAAUUUUCAACGGGUAGCUGCAAACACUUACGGGAAUGUGCAAAAACUUCGACGAGUUUAUCAAGAUGUUACAAACUCGGGCAGCCAAGUUUGCGAUGUCAACAAAAUGCAGGAACUCAUGACGGAUCUCACAGCGAAAAUAGAAAAAUUUACAACUAUAGAACAAUCGAGAGAACAUUUGCUUCGCCAAUCUGUUCUUUUUCACACUCAUUACACAGAGUUGACAGAUUGGUAUGCAAAAAUGCGUGAAAAGUAUAAUGAUAAACGGAUAGAUUUGACUGUUCAAGUUUGUGAUAAGAAUAAAGAACGAUUUGUUCUGGAAACGGAUGAAACAGCACAGGCAUAUGCAAUGACAAUUGACGAAGGAAAGACACUAGUUGAAAUGAUGCACAAAGCCACUCGGUCAUUUGAUGUUGAUUAUGCAGCUAGUAUAGCACAUAUCCAAAUUCUUAUAUCUGAUAUUGAAGAAAAGAAUACACUUAUAUCGUCAGAAUGGGGACCGAGGCGUACUCUCUUGCACAUCGCUUCUAAAUUUGCCAUGUUUGAACAAAAUAAAUUUGAAGUAUUGGAACAGAUCCAAGGCUGGGAGGAAGACAUGCGAGAAAUGAUCGAAUCACCUUCCUUCCAUGAAAAAGCUGACAAUGUGAUGCCCUAUCACAUAGAGAAUCAAGAAAAGGUUCGAGAAGCCAUCUCAUCUAUUCAAAAAGCUGCAAUGGAGUUAUCACAAGUACUCUACAGUCAUAAAUUAACUGAUCUACGUGAUAAACGGGAUAGAGUAGUACUCGAAGCGAUAAGAGAACAUGUUCGAGAACUUGAACUUUCUGAGACCAGAGUUAUGUCUUACGCCAAUGAAACAUCAUCACGGAUCAAUGCAGUUCGCGAAGUUGUGGAUUUACGAAAAGUAUCCGAUGGAGUCUGCAGACUGAUCGACACUCAAUUGAAAGCUUUAACAACUCUUGGAGUGAUUCCACAUGAUUACAGCGAUACAGUACAGAAACAAGAUGAAUUGAGAGCUUUUCGAGAUGCUGUUACAAACAGACUGCGAGAUCCGUAUGACAAUUUCGUCGUACGGUUUCGGGAGUUAAUGGAAAAUCGGCUUGCCAAUCGUGAUGUUGUUGUACAAUACAAUGAAGUGAUACAAACUAAAUACCGUCGACUGAUGGCACUUUGCGAAGAGAGAAACAAAUUACUGAAAUCUGCCCAUGGAUGUUACAAGACUUACGAAACUGCAGUUCUUCCUAUUCUGAACCAACUUGAAUCCGAGUAUCAUUCCCCAACUGUCACUGAUUGGUGUGCUGGAUGUACAUCUACUGUGCACGCUGAUCGUGCCGCCUAUAUUGAUGAUUUGCUCAACAAGCAUGAUGAUUACAAAGAAAGAUUCGGAAAAGGAUGCACGUAUGCGUUGAGAAAUGGAGAUUUUCUUCUACGAUACAUCAAAAGAGCCAAUGUAGCUCCGAGCGAACGGAAGCGACAUGAGAACAAAAUUGCCGACAUGAAGAACAAUAUCCGUGAAAGACAAUCGAAUAUUCUCGAACUGUGGUUGCAGAAAAAAGCGCUUCUUCAGGGAUGUAAAUUGUUCAUCUGUAUAGAAGCAAGGGCAGCACAAUUAUUAGAGUUCAUGAAUGGUGAAGGAAAUGAUAAACUCAAACAAUUCGAGAAACGAGGACGCGGAGAAUUGAAUGAUGAUGAUGACGAAUUCGCAAAAUUCAAAUCAGAAGUGAAGCAGAAGAAGACGGAUAUUCAAACAUUCUUAAUGCUUUGUACCGAUGAUUCGAUGAGUCGUGGUGUGCAUACAGGACAAAUUGAUCGAUGUAUUGAACAAGUGAAAGAAAAGUUCAAUCAGUUCUCUCGAAGAGUUGGAGAUUGUGAAGUUGUUCUGAGGGGUGAAAAUGGUGGUCCAAGCACAUCGAAAGAUGAAUUCUCACUUGACCGUCACUCUGAUACAGCUAUAUUCAAUGAACGAACAAUCAAUCAACAGCGUGCUGAGAAUAGGAAAACACUCGAACCAAUGCGAGAGCUUAUUCAGUCAGAAAGGGAUUAUAUUAAGGAUCUGGAAAGAUGCGUUAAUAUAUAUGUCAAGGAGUUCGAUCAAGCUGUGAAAAAUGGUACUGUACCUACACUACCAAAAUAUGAAAUAUUUGGUAACAUUGAAAAAAUCUUUCAAUUCCAUCAUGACAAACUUCUUCCUGAACUGGUAAAAUACGAAAAUCAACCGGAAGCGGUGGGAGCUUCGUUCACGGUUUGGAUUGAUCUGCUCAACGAACUCUACACAGAAUAUUGUGUGAAUAAAGAGCAAAAGAAUUAUAUGCUUGCCACUCCUGAAGCUGUUGCGUUUUUCACCGGGAUUCGAGAGAAAAAUGGGCUCGAAAUCAACAACGAAAUCGCUAGUCUUCUGAUUAAGCCAGUACAAAGAAUAACCCGAUAUCGUCUCCUGAUUGAACAGCUUUUGAAAAGUUGCAAUGACAAAGCAUAUGAUCUGAAAGAAGCAUAUGAAGUUGUGUGUAGUGUUCCAAGAAAAGUCAACGAUCUCAUUCAUUUCAACUGCCUAGAACUGAAAAAUUGCAAUGUUGAUGAAUUGGGUCCAUUCGUAACUCAGGAUACCCUUACAGUUUGGGAACCGAGAGCAUAUUUCAAAGGUCGUGGAAAAGAGCGUCAAGUAUUCCUAUUUGAUCUUUCAAUUGUUUUUGCCAAGAGACUCGAAAUUUCACCGAAGAAUUUCAAAUAUGUCAUCAAAGGAAAACCCCUUCCGUUGAGUGAAGUCUCAAUUGUGGAACAUGUCGAAGGCGACUCAUGUCGAUUCGGAUUACGUGUCGGAACUGUAUCUUCAAAUGAUAACCGAACCGAUUUGAAGGCUUCCAAUGAGAACACAAAGGUGAAGUGGGUUCUAAAGAUUCGCGAGUUGACUACUGGAAUGCUACCGUUGGGACUUGGAGUUUCACCAGCCCUUUCAGUUGGGACACUUUCGUCUGCUAGGAGUGUAUCGCACCGUUCUGGAGCUUCAACAUCUUCUGGAGGAGAGAAUCGACAAUCGCAAGACGUUGAAUCUCUUCUGGCUCAUCGUUAUAGUGUUCACAGCGUUGAUAGUGAGCAAUCUUCGGAAGUGUGGAUCGUGACGUCUGAUUUUGAUGGAAAUGCGGAAGGGCAUCUAACAGUUCGCAAGGGAGAUCGAGUCGAAAUUGUGGAAGAUCAGGCCACGGACUGUGCUGAAUAUAUUCAAGUAGUGCUAUGUGAUCAGCCCUCGAAACACGGCCUCGUGCCUGUGUCUAUAAUUGUCCCACACUGUGGCCAAUAUCACGUGGCUUUCGGAAAAAAAGAGACGUCGAAUUGGUCUCGAAAUGAUUUUUGGAACUUUUUUGACAGUGAACACCGAAUGAUGCGUCGGUCUCAAACUGUGGAGGGCAGUACGGAUUCAGAAGGCGGUGGAACGACGCCUACUAAAUCAUCGAAGAAAGAACGAUGGUCGUUUGCUAUAAAACGUCGUUGGUUCUCAUCAUCGACCAGUCGACACAGUCAUGAUCAUGACGUGGCAAUUGUAACACCAGCGAAGACUUCCUUAGGAGGAUCUGCAAAUAAUAAUGCUGAAUCUGGAAGUGUCCCCGACCGUCCCGACGACACAAAUGCCUCUGGAUCCGCAGUUUCGAAAAGGAAAUCGUUGCGACGAAUCUUCGCUAACUCGAGCAAAGAGCGAGCCUCGUCGUCAAACAACAACAGCCCGGCAACCAGGCAGUCCACAUCUACAUCAUCUCCAGUCACUGCCAACGGACAUACAGCCGAGCCAAUCGGUGUUCUGUCAUCUGGAGAAUCAUCGACUGCUGGAAAUUCCAACUCAACUCCAUCUGCAUCGACACCAACUCACAGAGCAACACCUUCAUCAUCACCAACUGUCGUGCCUGUAGUCGUGUCAGAAGAGGAAAAAGUCGAGGAUUGUCUGCCGCCUCCAAUGGAAAAUAUCACAAUCAACAACAGUAUGGAAGAGAAAGAUAUGAACGAGGAAUCAGUGGCAGCAUCUGAUGUUGCUGAGCCAGAAGUACCUGAAAAGGCGGAGAAGACUCCAGAAGAGACCGCAAGAUUCAAGAGAUCGUAUGUGCUGAUGGAAUUGGUUGAGACCGAGCAAGAUUAUGUGAAAGAUUUGACGUCAGUUGUUGAAGGAUAUAUCGGAAAUCUGGAAAAAAUGGAUUUACCAGCUGAUCUAGUCGGAAAAGACAAGAUCAUUUUCGCGAACAUCUCUCAAAUUCUCGACUUCCACAAGACUUGUUUCCUCAAAGAAAUUGAGAAAUGUCAGAAUAAUUAUGAAGCGGCUGGAGCGGCAUUUGUCAAAUAUGACAGACGGUUACGGAAUUUAUACGUGACUUACUGUCAGAACAAACCGAAAUCUGAUUAUCUUUUGGCUCAAGACGAUUUCGAGGGAUUCUUCGCUGAUACAAAAGCAAAAUUAGGACACAAAGUAGCAUUAUGUGAUUUGUUGAUAAAGCCAGUUCAAAGAAUUAUGAAGUAUCAAUUGUUGCUGAAAGAUAUUCUGAAGUUCACUGAACGCGCCAAGGAUAGACCGGAUGUUCUCAAGAGAGCAUUGCAGGUGAUGCACGUCGUCCCGAAAGCUUGCGAUGACAUGAUGCAAGUCGGUCGCCUCCAAAAUUUCGAUGGAAAUCUCAACGCUCAGGGAAAUCUGAUUCAUCAGGGAACACUUCAAAUCUGUGAAUCUGUGGCUGGAAAUACGCAAAAACCGAAAGAUCGAAGAAUAUUUUUGUUCGAACAAUCGGCAAUUUUCGCUGAUCAUAUUCCGCCGAAAAAGGAUUUCGGAAAUCCAACUUAUAUUUUCAAGAAUCAAAUUAUGGUGAACAAAAUGGUCUUCGAGCCACAUGUUGCUGAUGACCCACUUCGAUUCGUGAUCAAGAGCUCUGAUCCAACUCAACCGACGAGUUUCAUUGCGAAUGCUCAAACUCAAGAAGAAAAAGAUGAAUGGAAUAAGAAAAUCAGUGAGCAAUUGGAUCAACAGAAACGACUACUUGCUGCUCUUGUGGAUCCGAAACGAUUUAUGGGAGGAAAUGACGAUAUGUCUGGAGGAAUGGGCAACAUGAGCUUAGGAGGAAAUGACAAAAAAGCAUCUACAUCUGGAAGUGACAAAAAAGCAUCUACAUCAACUGCUAAACCCUCUUCUUCAACAUCCAAAAAAUCAACAGAAUCUCCAAAGAAAGAGAGCAAAUCAAAAUCAUUAUUCUCAUUUGGAAAGAAACCGGCCAAGUCACCAACAUCUCCCCCACCGCUAGAAGCAGCUGCAACUGGAAAAUUCAACAAAGUUACAGAUGAUCAAGUGAAUUUGGACACUGAUGAAAAGGUGCAAGUUUUAGAAGUGAAAAACGGGUACGCAAGUGUCAAAAAAGCAGAUGGAACUAUCGGAAAAUGUCCGAACUAUUUCCUGACAAUGUCUGAAAUCCCUGGCAACAAUUUUGCUGAACAAAUACAAUAUCGUCGUGAAUGGCAACGAAGAGUUGAUGAAACUGAAGUAGAAUAUGGGCCGAGUGCUUUCGACGUUACAACAGCGUCUGCCGAGAACUUCGAUGUUUUAUUAGAAUUAUCGACUUGUGAAAGACCAGUUGUAGUAGAAGAAAUGAAAGAUUUAGAAGUUGUUGAAGGGGAUGAUGUGGAAAUGUCUCCGGUUAUAUCAUCUCUUUGGCAUGGACCAGCAGUUGAUUCGAAAAGAGCAAGAAUACAGACGAAUCAACUAAACAGUCGUCUUCUCAUCAAAAAAGUUCAAAAAUGUGAUUCUGGAGCAUACUCCGUGAUAGCUAAAAACUCAUUUGGAGUCACUUCAACUGUAGCUUUUCUAAGUGUUAUUGCAGUUCCAGAACCUCCAACAGAAUUCACAGUGAAAGUAACUGGAGAUCAUGAAGUACGAUUGAAAUGGAAAGCUGAGACCGGAUUGAAAUAUUAUAUCGAAUAUCGUGCACUUGGUAUGAUACUUCUUGACUGUUAG